UCCCCCUAUUUAUAAAUUCUCUUGGCCGCCGUUUCUCUAUUUGGUCUGCUAUUGUGCCUCAAGAAUCAAUACUCUCUCUCUCUCUUCCCAUAUGGCGGAGUUCGUUCAGUAUAGAACGUUUGGAGACAGACGGAUCGAGAUAGUUAAAGGGAAAACGUUCAGCGCUAACCAGACGUGGCUGGCGGCCUGCUCCCACCACCACCACCGUCCGCCACCUCUGUCAUGUGGUGACGGUGGUGAGAGACUGCCUCCUUCUGUGGGAGAAAAGGCCGGCAAAAGGAGGAAGAAGGGCGGCUCCUCCCUCAUGAAGUCGUGGGCAUUCAACGAUCCGGAGAUGAAGCGCAGGAGACGCGUUGCCUCCUAUAAGGUCUAUGCCAUUGAAGGGAAGGUCAAAGCCUCCUUCCGUAAGGGCAUUCGGUGGAUCAAGUCCAAGUGCUCGAAGCUCAUCCGUGGCUUGUAGCUUUCCCUUUUUCCUUUUUUAAUUUCUCUUUUCUCGUAAAGGAAAUCCAUGGUUUGUAGCUAUACCAAUGGAAUCCGAGAUGGUCUCUCUCUUUCUCUUUC